AUGUGGGCGAUGGCAAAAAAUGUGGCAGACUCCAACAACGCUAUGGAAAACGUUCAUCAUUCGUUGUUGAAUGAAGGCGCUCCUUCGUUGGUGAAUAGAGAAAUACUGCAACAUGUUUGUUCAAGUCUUGACAAGCAAGAGGACGCAACUGGCGCGAUGAAUGAGACAUUGCUUGAUGAAAGUUUUGUCAAUUCGACUCACAAAAUUGUUAAGGAAGAAAGAUGUGACGGCUCGUCACUUCAUGAAGAUGAAGGAUUUCUGGAAGAAGAGGAAAUCGAAGUUGAAUUCCAGUCAUCUCAGCAGACAGAUCAACAUCAGGAUCUGAUAUCCACGCGUCCUUCGGAUUCGGGAAUGUUCGAGCUGGAAAAUGAGGCUGAGAAAGAGAAUUUCAACACGGAGAAUGAACCGAAAGAGCUUCCGAAAGUGAAUUUCAUCGAACCGAUUGAGUCAAGACACACUUAUGCCUAUGAGUUUGGUAACAUGAAACGCAAAGGAUUCGAGGAGAAAAUUGAAGAGUUAGAAAAUGAGGUCGAGGAAAUUCGAGAAAGGAAAAUAAUAAGAAAAAUUAAUGAGCAAACGGCUCAAUUCGGCGUUGGUGGUUUGCUAUCGGCACUACGAUCUGAAGACUCUUUAGAUACUAAAGAUAUUAUGGAUACAAUGGAAAUUGAAACGGUUUACCCGGAAAUUAUGGCUCCCCAAUGGGCGGCUCCUCUUGAAAGUUUGGUGAAACGCGAGAUGUACGAAAGACAAAUUCUUGAAAAGACUUGGCUACAUGAUCAACUUCUCGAUAUCCCGGCGCCGCCACCACAUCCAACCACCGUCAAAGAUGUCCAAAGGCUCGUCAGAAGCAAGAUGCCGCGAUGCAAAUUUUGCAAAACUCGUUUUUGUGAGAAUAUUCUUGUCGACUUUCAUAUCAAAGAACAACAUCCCGAUGAGUAUCCAUUAAUCGAACUUGAGCAGGAGCAAGAAGCUCAUGAAAUGAGAUCAAAUGAGCGGGAACAGAAUCGCAUUGAAGAGCUUGUCUAUGGUGGAUUUAUUCCACCAGAAGAAGAUUAUUUGGCGGAGAAUGCCGAAUAUGAUGUAGAAGAGAUUCCUCUACCUGGUGAAGAAACGUUAACCGGGAAAGCACCUCGUUUUGUGGAUCGAUGGGGCACAAUGCUACCAAAAGUUCGCAAGUAUUGGAAAAAGGUUUCACCUCAGUGUCCAUUUUGUGAUAAACGCUUCCGCAAUGAGCUUUCACUUAAGAAACAUUUUCGCAAAGCACAUUCACUUGCUACAAAACCGGUUCAAUGUCUUCGUUGUUUUAAGAUCUUGGAAAGCAAGGAGAAUUUGGGAGAUCAUGUCUGUGAUUUGACAUUUCUUUGCUUCGAAUGCACACCAAUUAGAAAUCUCUGCUCGGCAAUUCGUCUCGCUUCUCAUCGGGCCAAGUUUCAUCGAGGAGCUAAUUCGGGUUUCAAAUGCUUCGAAUGUCAGAUGAAAUUCCUGACGCCAAGAAAGCUGCGAAAACAUCGAAAGAUGACACACGUUUUCACAAAAGUUUUUCAAUGUCACUUCUGCGAUGAGCAUUUUAUCAGUGAAACUGCGGUGACAACACAUGAGCGAAUUCACACCGGGAUCAUUAAGUUUGAGUGUACGAUUUGUGAUUUUCGUUGUAAUCGUUAUUUGGAAAUGGAAAAUCAUAAACGCGACGAACAUGGGUAUUUGUGUUCGAUUUGUCAACUCUGCUUUGGAGAUUGGUCUGAAAUGAAAGCCCACACUUUGCAUGACCACGAAGGAUAUCUCACUUCGGAUGCGGAUGCAACUUACAUCGAAUCGCCUCGUGUUUGGGUGAUGUUCAAAGGAGAA